GUCAAAAUCUAGCAGUUUCAAUUUGCGUGGCAAAAUGACAAGCGAAGCCUCUGGCAGUGCGAGACUAUUGCGGAUCGAGCAGCUACGGCUAUUGCCAAUAUCAGCGACGGUGUUUUCCAACUUCGCGCUGUGCUGUGCGUAGCGAUAAUUGCCAUGUUCGCUUGUGUGGCAAGUGCUGAAAGGGGGAAGUUGCAGUAUUUUAGGUCUGGGCAAUGCCGCUGAUGCAGUCGAGAUCCUCUCCAUUGGGUACAUUUUGGCGGUGUACGAGGACAAGGAGGGCGUUGUGCUCACUCGGGCACAGCAGAGCUUAUUGGCGGCUGCUAUCUUCGCUGGGAUGUUCACUGGAGGACUUCUGUUCGGGUCUCUAAGUGACCGUAUUGGCCGGCGCAAGAGUUUACUCUAUUCGUUGCUACUAAACGGUAUCUUCGGACUCCUGUCGGCCUUGUCGCCGAACGUGUACGCGUUGAUCGCUUUCCGGACGUGUGCCGGUAUUGGCAUUGGAGGCACCGUACCAGCCUUGUUCACUUUGUGCUCGGAGCAUGUACCUGCGAAUCGUCGAGGCUACUACGUCACAAUAGUAGCUGCGUACUGGAUGGUGGGUGCAGUCUUUACGGCUGGGCUGGCUUGGUUUAUGCUGGGUCGUCCUGACGCGAUGUAUUCAUGGCGUGCGUUUGCAGCUAUCGUAUCAUUACCGAGUUUCGUGUGUUGGAUGCUUACGUACAAAUAUGUGCCUGAAAGCGCGCAAUUCUUCGCUCGUCGCCGGUUGCUCACAGAUGCAGAGAUGGUUGUGGACACCAUUAAAACUACCAACGGAGACGCUGCGGAUCACGUUACCGAGUCAAGUUCUCUGUUAUCGCAGCAUAACACUGAUGCUAGCGAGGUGAACGGAUACACCGUUGUCUUUGGGCCAUCAGAUCCCGGGAUUCAGACGGAGAGGAGUUCGUUGUCUGCGUAUGGAAUACUGUUCGAUCCGGUACUCCGUGGCACGACAAUAUCGUUGUUGAUGUCGUGGUUUUGCUUGAGUUUCGGGUCAUACGGUCUUGCCACUUGGAUUACCAUGUUGUUUAAGCGAAUUGGUCUCGAAAAUCCGUUCGCCAACGCUUUUAUCUACGCCGCUGCGAACCUUCCUGGCAAUAUCAUGACUGCAUUGCUAAUGGAUCGUCUCGGUGGACGUCGGAUUCUCGCCAUUUCCAUGCUGCUAUCGGCUGGCUGCGCUACUGGGUUUGCCUAUGCGAACUCCUCAGCGUCGGGUGCCGCAACCAUAGUACUACUAGCCAGUGGCUUCAACGCUUUCAGCACUGCAGGUUGGAAUGCAAUCGAUCUCAUGUCUGCUGAAUCAUUCCCGACGGACGUGCGUACGACUGGUAUGGGUACACUCUCGGCUGCUGGAAGAGCAGGCUCUGUAGCUGCGCAGUUUGUUAAUGGAUAUCUCAUCGGACCACCGGUCCAUGUAACGCUGCUAUUGGCAAUCACCGCUAGUAUGAUGCUUCUGGGCACUAUAAGUUCGGUACUGGUGCGUGAUUACAGCAAUAAGGCACUCCCUGAAUCUGUGGAGGAAAUGCGGAGGACGCACGAGAAAAUCAACAACGUGUAGGAAAUUGCAAACAUUGCAGAGUUUGAUAAGCCCUAGAUAACAAAAGGCCAAGCAUUAAUUCAAAAAGUAAAGUUGGAAAGAUCUAGCUCCCA